AUGUCAAGUGCAAUCUUAGAUCGUGAUGUAUAUAUUGUAGAAUGUGUUCGUACACCAAUUGCCAGAGGUUAUAAUAAUGGUGCUUUACAUAAUAUCCAACCAGUUGAUUUAUUAGCAAUGACAUUGGAUGAAUUGAUGAAGAGAAGUGGUGUUGAUAAAGCAUUGGUAGAAGAUGUAAUCGCCGGUGUUGUAUCACCAGUAAAAGAACAGGGUGCAAACAUUCCACGUUUCGCUGCAUUGAAAGCUGGUUUCCCAAAACAUGUUCCAGGUGUUCAAUUAAAUAGAAUGUGUGGUAGUGGACAACAAGCAAUUCAUUUUGCUGCACAGGCAAUCGCUGCAGGUAGUAUGGAUAUCGCUAUUGGUUGUGGUGUUGAGAUGAUGAGUGUCGUUGCAAUGGGUUCGGAUUGGCAAAUGGAUAACCCAGAUUUCGUAAAGGGAUUCGACUUUAAGGUUCUGCAUCAAGGUGUUUCGUCAGAGAUGAUCGCCGAGAAGUACAAGCUGACACGUGACGAACUCGAUAAGUUCAGUGGUCGUUCUCACGAGCUAUGCGACGCCGCCACCAAAGCCGGCCAUUUCAAAUCACAGAUCAUGCCAAUCAAGGUCGGUGACAAACUGAUCGACACCGACGAAGGCAUCAGAGUUCCAGUCGACUAUUCAAAGAUGAAGAAACUCAAAACACCAUUCAAAGAGAACGGUUUGAUUACCGCUGCCAACGCUUCGCAGAUCUCUGACGGUGCUGCAGCAGUUCUGCUCUGUUCCGGUAGAAAGUUGAAGGAGCUUGGCUUGCGUCCACGUGCCAAGAUCGUGACUUGCGUGGUCGUCGGAUCCGACCCCGAGUAUAUGUUGCUCGGUCCCAUUCCAGCGACACAGAAAGCAUUGAAGAACGUUGGAUUGAACGUCGACCAAAUCGACCACUACGAGAUCAACGAGGCAUUCGCAUCGGUCGUAUUGGCAUGGCAAAAGGAGCUAAAGAUCAACCCAGCCAAAAUCAAUCCAAAUGGUGGAGCAAUUGCACACGGACAUCCACUCGGUGCAACAGGUGCCAUUCUCAUGACCAAGAUGGUCAAUGAAUUGGAACGUACAGGUCAACGUUAUUCACUUCAAACCAUGUGUAUUGGAUUUGGACAGGCAACCGCAACCAUCAUUGAAAAUUGUAAUUUUAAACCAAAAUCAAAACUUUAA